AUAUACUUUCUAGCAGCUCAUCACUGGACCAAAGCUUAUAUAGUUUAAGUACUCGGAUAAAAAAUAUAUACCAUGUAGCCAAGGUCCUAGAAAUGUCCAUAUAUUUUACCUUGCGGAUGAAUAAUCUAUUUUCGUAAACUUUAGUAUGUCGAACUUCGAAGAGUGAAAAUUACAAGUAAAAGUGAAAUUUACUUAGUAGACAAUAAUAAUUAAGCACGUUAUUAAGUAGUGUGUAAGCUCAUGGACGCAAUCACAAGUACCAUGAAUUUCUUUGGAAAUACGUCAGUUUCCUUUAAACUUCCCAGCUCUUUCUAUCAAAAUUGAGAUUUGCGACUCUCAUCUGUCGCUCUCUCAUUAUGUCUUUAUAUAUAUAGAGUGAUGAGAUUGGGUUGAAAAGAGAGAAACAAAGUAACAGAAAAGCUUUAAAAAGGCAAAAAAAAAUGAGGAGGCAGAGGGGAAGAGAAUUAGGAGAAGGAAGCUCAAUGUCGUGGAAGGAACAGCGAAACCUCAGAGAGAAAGAGCGACGAAUGCGCAUGAAACAUCUCUUCUUUACACUCUCUUCUCAUGUUUCUCCCACUCAUAGGUUGCCGGUGCCUCAGCUUAUAGACCAUUCGGCAUCAUACAUGAUCCAAUUAAAAGAGAAGGUAAAUAAAUUGAGGGAGAAGAAAAAGACUUUGUUAGGAGAAGUUGGGAAUCACUCUGAAGGGUCGUCGUUUAAUCUGCCGAAACUCAGUAUUUGUUCGCGGGGCUCGAUCAUAAAAAUGAAUCUGAUUAUGGACCUGAACAUGAAAAGAGUGAUGCUACAUGAGCUUGUUAGUGUUUUUGAAGAAGAAGGAGCUUAAGUUAUGAGUGCUAAUCUUCAAAACUUGAAUGAUAGGAUCACUUACACAGUCACAGCUCAGGCCAUCAUAUGUCGGAUCGGCAUCGAUCCAUCAAGGAUAGAAGAGAGAUUAAGGGAUAUCAUCUUUUGAUAAAAAAAUUUAAAGCAUUAUUCUAAAUCUCGAGUUAUUAGCCUAUGCGCAAUGUUGUUUAUUUUUUAACUGAAAAAAAAAACAAUGUAUAAGUUUUUAGGGUGUGUUUUUACGGGUUUACCAAUGUAUAAGUUUUUUAAACCAGAUAUGAGUAUUCUUUUUAUAUGUUGUUUUCAGUUCGGUUAUGUUAGCAUGCGUAAAACCUUUUAACGGAAAUUAGUCGAUGAUAAGUAAAUGCAUAUUUUUAUUUGAGUAAUUUGUAUAUAUCGAUAAAAAUUAUUAAAACACACACAAUUCUCCAAAAAACCAAGAAGCUAUUAGACAACGACUGCUGCCUCUCUAGUAAACUCUGAUGUUUAAGCAUACAUCAUACAUCUUUAAAAUGCAUGAAAAUAUUACAAAGAAAUUGUUAUCCAAUCUUCCUCUAUGGUGUACUUAUAUUUUUAUUUCAUAAAUAUACAAACUACAUGUUUGUUCAGUUUUAUAACUCUUUUCAGUCGAACAAAAAUAAAGUUUACUUAAAAAUCACAAAACAAGUACUUUGAAUUUUGAAUUUAUAUUAGAAGAACUAGAAAAAUGUAAAGGAGAAGACAAAAAAAAAACGAAUAAUGUAAAGGAAAAAACAUAAA